CCGGGCACCGGGCACCGGGCAGGCGGCGGCGGCGCGCAUGGAGGCGGCGGCGGCCCCGGCCCCGGGCGGCGGCCCCGGUACCCUGCUGCUCUGCCUGGCCCUCGCCUCCGGCUUGGCACUCUUCAGCUGCGUGGGCGCCGAUACCAACGUGACGGCCGGGCACGGCACGGAGGGGCUCAGCUGCGGCACAGCCAAGGCAUGCACAGGGAACGGCACGCAGCCGCGGCGGCAGGGCCACUUCUCGCGGUGCCCCGAGGAGUACCAGCACUACUGUGUCAAGGGCAGGUGCCGCUUCCUCGUGGCCGAGCAGGCCCCCGCUUGUGUGUGCGAGCGGGGCUACACCGGGGCUCGCUGCGAGAGGGUGGAUCUGUUCUACCUGCGAGGGGACCAGGGACAGAUCGUCAUCAUCUCCCUGAUCGUCGCCAUCGCCGCCCUCAUCAUCCUCGUUGUUGGCAUCUGCCUCUGCAGCCACCACUGUCGGAGGCAGCGUAGGAAGAGGAAGGCAGAAGAGAUGGAAACGCUAAACAAGGACGGACCUUCCACAAGUGAAGAUGUGCGGGAAACGGGCAUCGCGUGAAGGAGCUCCCGGUACCUGCGGGCGGGUCCCGGACGGCAGCAGCGGCUGGCUGCAUGGGCGAGGGCUAAAGCGUGCGGCGGCUUGAAUAAAGGGGUGACGGAAAGUUGUCCCCAGUGGUGUCGCCGAUGUCCUUGGGGCGCGGGGGCUGCGCUGCCGCACCGCGGCCUCCAGACGGCGACACUGAGCUGGGGCAGGGGCGGCCCGCCUGCAGUGCCCGCAGUGGCCACGCGAGGGCGACACAACGGCGGCGCCUCCGCCCCGAUCAUGGUCCCGGUCCUGCUCCUGAUCCAAGGUGCUCUGCAGGGUUCGGGUCCCGUCCUGGGCGGCCUGGAGGCUGUGCUGGAGCUGCUCCCAUUGCUACCGCGCCUCCCCGCAGGGGCCGAGCCGAGCUUAGCGUCCCCAGGCGCCCUCCCGGUUCCCGACAGCGGGCGGGAAAGGGGAGGGAGCGGGUGAGGGAAACCGGGCAAAACCGGUGGAAAACAGGUGAGAACCGGGGCAGAACUGGGUGAGUCGGGGCCGUUGGCUCCCGUAGCCCCGCGCUGCGGGCUGCGAUGCCCGGAGCUGCGGUCCGGACCCUGCCCGGGCAGGCACCGGGGGCUGCGCUGACGCAUCGCGGCCGCCAGACGGCGACACUGAGCUGGGGCGGGGGUGGCCCGCCUGCAGUGCCCCCAAUGGCCACGCGAGGGCGCCACAACAGCGGCGUGCCCGCUGGGGUGCCCGUGUCCUCGGCUGUGGGUUUGGGCACAGACCCUCUGCGGGGGGACCCCAUCGGCAUCCCGGGAUGGGACCGGGUGUCCCUGGCGCCACCCAGGCGGUACCGCCGGAGGUGGGGACGCAGUGGAGCAGCAGGGCCCCGGCAGCUCCCAAUUCCCGGCACGGGAGCGGCUCCCACUCCAACCGGGGCCCGGUGACCACCCCGGCAGCGCCAGUCCCUGGGGAGGUGUUGGUGCCCAGGCGAUGCCACGGGGCUGUGGAGGGCUCAUCCCCGUGCCCAGGCAAGGAGCACGGCCCUGAGGUGCCAGGGGACAUCGUUUUGGGCACCUGCUUCAGCAGAGUCCAGGGCGGGGAGGUGGAUCCUCAAUUCCACGCAGCUGCCGGAGGCGCUGGUGUGAGCUCAUCUCUCCCCCUCCUGUAAAAGGCUCUUCAUCCCCGGGCUUCGCUGGGCCAGCCUGGGGGGAGCCAAGCCAAGAGGAAAACUGCUUGCUGCUGCUUUGGGAAUGUGCUGUACACAGUCUGGGAGACCAAUAAAAUGAAAAGGAGGUA